AUGAUUGCCUACAACCAGCUCGCCAUUUUGUCCCUCUUCAUUUGCUUCGCAAGCAUUUCGCCACAAGAACAGCCAGUACCAUUUUUGGAAAAUGUGACAGAAGAGGCUCGGCAGGAAUACAUGAAAAUUGUUUCCAACGAGAAUUUGAAGAUUAGCGAUAUUGAGGCGCAAUCAGCGAAAUGGGCUCAAGACAAUGGAGUUGCGGACCUCUACAAUGAAGCUCACAAAAGCAUUGCAGCAAUCGAAGAAGAGGCGAAAACGAACACUACUCGAAUGAUCUAUCGCCUUCCGGUGGUUUAUUCAGCGCUUGUAGCGAUUUAUGAAAAUAAACAACAAACUCCUGCUGAGAUGAGCAAAGAAGUGGAACAACUCACUAAGCAAAAUCCGAGGGAGAUGUCGGCGAUUAUGGAACUCACAAAACCGCUCAACACCACAGUUGAAGCUAAUUAA